CACCAAUGCGGGAGGUUCUUGUUCUGCAGGUCUCGCUUCUUCCAGGAGCUAGGGCCGGAAGAUGGCGGCGGCCGCAGAGUUGUCGCUGCUGGAGAAGUCCCUGGGACUGAGUAAGGGGAAUAAAUACAGUGCUCAGGGCGAGCGACAGAUUCCAGUUCUUCAGACAAACAAUGGUCCAAGUCUAACAGGAUUGACUACUAUAGCAGCUCAUCUCGUCAAGCAAGCCAACAAAGAAUAUUUGCUGGGGAGUACUGCAGAAGAAAAAGCAAUCGUUCAGCAAUGGUUAGAGUACAGGGUCACUCAGAUAGAUGGACACUCCAGUAAAAAUGAUAUCCACACACUGCUGAAGGAUCUUAAUUCAUAUCUUGAAGAUAAAGUCUACCUUACAGGGUAUAACUUUACCUUAGCAGAUAUCCUAUUGUACUAUGGACUUCAUCGCUUUAUAUUUAUGCAGGUUUUGCAGUAAGGAAAGGAAAUACUCUGAAAAGGAGGGAACUUGUUUGGAAUUCCUUUGCCAGCAGAAUGAACAAGGUCAUAAUCCUAUAGUGCAAAAUAUUCAUAGCACUAUCUGCAAAGUUAUUUAAUUACGAGUCUAAGUGCACUGGAGGGCACUUGGUUUUUAGGCAGGUUAGAAGUGUUUCAUUCAGUACUGCAUGUUAAAGUUAGGGUUACUUUAACAAUAUUUAGCACUCUCUAUGUGUUAACAUUUUCUGUUUUGGAAUGUAUGUCCUCUUCAUAUAUAGUGACUAGGAUGUUAUGAUUAAAGAUAUCCUUAUCUUUUUCAAAGUGAAAUUGAAUAGAUUAAUAUGUAAAUCACUGUUGACCAUCCUUUUGGGUUCCUGUCAUGAGUCAAAGUAUCUCUCCCACUCUAGUCCAAGUGCAGGCAAAGUAAUCAGAGAAAUAAACACCUUCUCAAGGAACAGGCCUCACAGACUAAAACCUACACAAUGGCAGAAUCGCACUGUGGUGUUAAAUGGCAUUCCUGUUAAGUUGGGUACAAAUACUUACAGAUGUGGAAUAAGUGAUUUCUAGGUGUUAAGGUAGGGUAGGUGUGAGGUGCAGAUUGGCCACCUGCUGAUAUUUACCAGGUCUUUGUGCUUUGUUUGCUUUGGCAGUAUUACUUAUUUUUGGCCUCAUGCAUUCCUUCAUUUGUUUGUUCAUGUUAUUCAGUACGGAAUAUGUAAUCAGCACAGUGUACAAAACAGCAGUCAAGGAACCUUCGAGUCAUCAGAUAAUCCCACUGUAUUUUGUUUCAUUGUGAGCCCAAUUUUAGUCAUGGCUGAGUUAUUCUGAGAUCUGGUCUAUCUUAACUCCAUUUGAGGAAUAUUAUGUUGCCUUUCCUUUGUUAUACUGCCUGUUAGUGUGGCUGUUUAUUAUAACACCAGUGACUCACUGCUUUCUUAAAGUGAUUUCACUAGUAGAUAGUCAUCCCUGUGAACAGACUGUUACUCAAGAUUAUUAAAAUCCUUUGUAAUAUUAUGUGCUUCUUGACUGUAAGAUUGUUAUCAACUGAAAUACUUUUGUUCUGAAGUUUGGAGCACCAUUGGAGGCAUGUGGUUCUUUUAUAAGGAAAGGAAAAAUAAAAGAAAUAACUGCAAAAUAGUCCAGGAGGCCUGGCCCUAAAGAAUGUCCCAAAGGCGGCAGCGUGGUGCCAGUUGGAAAGGUAACAAAGCAGCGUGUCACCCUGAUCUGGAAUGGGUCACUUAAAGUGUUUCUCACAUGACUUCAUGGAAAAUUAGUGAUUCAGAAUAUUAUCUGCUUGGCUUUAAAGUUCAAAGUCAUGAUAGAGUGCCAAUAUAAAUUUUAAAAGGAAUUAUUAGGCAGAAAGAGCCAAGCACCACUAUAGACACACUGGCAUGCAGACCGACAUGAAGCAGGAAAUGGUAACUAGAACAAUUGCAUUAUUUCCUGUUGUAAGAAAGGAAAAAGAACUUUAGCUAGAAAGGGAUGGUGGAAAACCAGUGUUGUAAGUAAAGUAGCCCAGGGGAUCCCAUCAGAAAUGUUUUUAAAAUCUGUAAAUUUGGUGAGGGGAGAAAUCUGUUCAUUUCUUUGUUUACAGGAAGUUUAUAUAGGGAAUAUCUUCCAAAAAAGUAACAGAGUUAAGAAGUCAAGGUCAUUCAUAAUUAUCUCAGACUCAAAGGGACACGUUCCAAAGUUUAAACUGUAAAAAGAGGUGAAAGUGGUAACCAUAACCUCAUCCUUUUUGAAAAACUCUGAGUUUCUGGCAAAAGUUUCCUGAGGG